AAGAUUUGCGACGACCCCCCAAAAUGGCGAAACGCGAGCAAAUUCAAUUCAAUUCCCCCUCCUCAAAUCCCGCAAGCGAGGAACCCUAAUCCCAUUUCCGCCUCGAUCCAAUUCCAAAUGCUCCCCGCCGGCGGCUACCCGUCGGCCGCCGCCAUCUCCUUCCCCGACGCCGACGUGGAUGACGACUCCGACGACGGCGACUUCACCGACGCCCCCCUCAUCGACCCCUCCGACCCCACCUUCCCCAACCCGGCCUCCUCCUCCGCCGCCGCCGCCGCCAUGGCUACUCCAGCCUCUGCGGGGGGCGGGAGCGGGAGCGUGGGAGGCGUCGGCUCCUCCUCCGGCGGCGGCGAGAGGAGGCCGCUGUUCCAGCGGCUGUGGACGGAGGAGGACGAGAUCGUGAUCCUCCGCGGGUUCGCGGAGUUCACCGCGGCGCGCGGCACGGCGUUCGCGUCGCACCAGUACGACACCGACCCCUUCUACGAGGACAUGCGCGGCCGCCUCCAGCUCGGCUUCUCCAAGAGCCAGCUCGUCGAGAAGCUCCGCCGCCUCAAGCGCAAGUACCGCAACUGCGUCUCCCGCCUCCGGGGAUCCGGCAGCGCCUUCUCCUUCCGCUCGCCGCACGAGCAGGCCAUCUUCGAGAUCGCGCGCAACAUCUGGCGCCCCACCAACAAGCACGGCCGGGACGGCGACUCCGACGACGAGGACGCCACGCAGGUCACCCCAGCGCCCGUUCCCGUGAACACCAGCCCCAAUGGUGAGGUCAAGUCCCCAACCUCAGGGCGGCAGCGGCGUCGCAGGCGUGGCGGAGAUUUUGCCGCCACCGCGCCUGCCGCUGCUCCGGCCACCACCAACAUGGUGCAGCCCAUUCAGCCGGUGCAGGUGCCGGUUUCGGUGCCCGUCAAGAUGGAUGACACGCUUCCUGCGUUGUCGCAGACCACAAUGCCAAUUACAGUGACAAUGGAGGGCUCGGAACCCCUCAGAUUGCCGGUCAUGCCACCUCAGCCGGCUGUUUUAGAUGCCGACAAGAGUUGCUUGACGCCUCUGUUUAAGGAGAUGGUACGUGCAGUGAUAAAUAUCGAAUCAAACCCGUUCGGUGCACAACUGUCCGAGCCGCCACAUGGUUUGCCCAUGGAAGGGGAGAAAUGGAGGAAGCAGCGUAUAUUGGAGCUGGAGGUAUACUUGAAACGGAUCGAGCUGCUGCAGGACCAGGUGAAGGCUACGCUUGAGGAGCUCAAGUCCUCCGCGCCUGGGACUUGAAUGACCGAGCGUGAAGGCCUGUCUUGAUGCUCAUUUAGGAUUCUUGGUAUGAUUCGUAGUGGUAGAUGUUUAGGUGUUUUUGCAGAUUUUCGUCCAUAAAAGAAUACUGUUGACUUGUUUGGGCUUGGAACUAGCUUAUUUUAUGUUUCUAAUUGUUUACAUGAUUAUUUAGCUUUCACUUCUUGCCUCCUUUCCUAUAAGAUAGGUAUAUGGUUGUCUCUAAGUGGUAUAUUUGGGGCGGCCAGUAAGGCAUCCUGAUAGAAGGGUUGGACACUUCAAAUUAAUUUAUGAGGAUUACAGAUUAUUGUAAUUUCACCUUGUUUCUUGUUCUUCAUUCUGUGUGUUUUUAAAUAUUUAGUUAUAAAUGAAUUAGAUUAGGUUUGAAGAUUUUA